AAAGUUCAGCAGUCCUGGAUACUAGCUGAUAAUAUAACAAGUAAAGAAGGGGAAGUAUUGCUGACUUUCCUGUUGAGCCUGGAAGAGCAGAUCUCUUUUACUAGGCUGAGGGCAAGACUGAGGUAGCCACAGUGCUGGAAGGAAUGGAAAAGGUAGUGGGUGCGGUAGUGCUGGUGAACUCCUUCCUCCUCUGCAAUGCCAUCCUGGACCUGACUGGCACCCAUGAGAUUGAAGGAGUGUGGAAGAGUUCUACUAUCUUACCAUGCAUCUAUGUACCCUCAGACGACUUAAAUCAGAAAACAGUCAUUUGGACCAUGGAGCGUGAUCAGACCCGCGUCGCUGUCAUUCAAAGAGAUCUCAAUGGUGACCACACUCCGCUAACUCGGUAUAGAGGCAGGGUCACCAUCCAAAAAGAAAUCCCAGGCAAUGUCUCCCUCCAGAUUAAGAAUCUUGAAAUCCCAGACAGCGGGCGCUACACUUGCGAAGUCACCUGGAAAGCCCAGGAUGACAGCCUGACAACAAAGGAGGUGACAACUACACUUCGAGUUGUUAAAGUUGCGGUGUCCAAACCCAUCAUCACGCCUGGUCAUCUGGGACUGACAGUGAUGGAAGGGGCUAGGGCAAGCCUGACCUGCUCAGCCAGAGGGUCCCCACCCAUCAGCUACCAAUGGUUCAAGGGGGAGCCGGGAGGCAGUGCAGUGCACCUCAGCAAUCGGGCUGAACUUGUGUUUGAUCCCAUGCAAUCCUCAGAUGUGGGAAAAUACUACUGUGAAGCAGAGAACAGAGCCAGAUCCCGUGUCACUGAGCAGAGUGAUGUGGUGCAGCUGACUGUGAAAGAUCUCAAAGAAACCAUGACCACAUCACCCAGUAUUGAGACCACGGCACAUGCUGCAACCAUACCUGAUUAUGAACAAGAUCUCAAAGAACCUAGGACCACAUCACCCUGGAUUGAAACCAUGGCACACAGUACAACCAUACCUAAUCUUGAAGAAAAUGAAGAUCUCAAAGACACCAUGACUACAUCACCCAGGAUUGAGAACAUGGCACACAGUACAACCACACCUGAUCUUGAAGAAGAUGAAGCUCUAAACGUGAGUCACAAGAGAGCUGUUGUCACAACCACCCCAGCAAGCACUUGGAGAACCUUGAAAGCUACUAGGGCAGACGGAUUGGUAACUCUGUCGGACCUCAAAGAAGCCAUGACCACAUCACCCAGGAUUGAGACCAUGGCACGCAGUACAGCCAUUCGUGAUCUUGAAGAAGAUGAAGAUCUGACCACAACAGUACUGGAUCCUAACAGUGGCCUUGGAGAUUCAGGAAGGAACAGCACAGCUACAGGUGCCCACAGGACCAGCCUGUCCCUCAGUCUUCUUAUUUUGAUUGCUGUGCUCUGUGCCUCUGUGGUCUUUCUUGUCAUCACCAUUGUCUCCUGCAGAAUGAAAAACAGUCAUAAAUCCACCAUUGCAGGAUCUGAUGAUGGGUUUCAAGGAAACAAAACACCGGAUCCAAACAACUGCAUGCUGAGUCUUUGAAGUACAAUGGCUAUGAAAUGAUGCACAUGCACUCAACCCCCUUCCCUCCCAGUGAAUAUGAGAGCUUUGGAAAUGUAAAGGAUUUGAUUUUGAAAUGGAGGAUUUUCAAUAUAGAGCCAAUUGUUUUCUGAAGGUAUCAGCCUGAAGACUAUGCGUCAGAAAUUGAAAUCUGGCAGGUCCUUCACCAGGGAACCCCAUGCUUCCUGCCCAACUUUUCCUCUAAUAAACAUGGGAACUUCAUAAACCUUCA